GACAUCGAAACAUCAGGCAUGGCUGAAGAAAGAAGCAACGAAUACACGCCUCUUGAUUUAAACAUGAAGGACAAAGCAACACGAAGUACAAGCCGUGACGGUACCCAGGAUGCUUCAACUACUUUGGGCGCCUUCACAACCAUUUCUGACGAUGCCUGGCCUUACCAAUGGAUCACGCAGUGCAGGCCAAUAACCGACGGGACUUACAACCUCGACGGUGUCACUGAAAAUGCAAGCACAAGUUCCCUGCUUCUUGGGCCCAGCAACAGUAUCGAUCAUGGAAGGCCCAGCACAAGUCGCCCUGGCAUAGAGCAAGCAACAGCCAUUUUAGAAGACGGCGCCAGAUUUCCUGAGACUACCAGUGUUGUUGGCCAAUCGAACACGCAGUACCACACGGUUGAUGGCACAUCCAGUGUCUCCGGGCACACAGCCAAUACUGAAGACGGAAGCACCGGAUUCCGACUGCCGGUUUACAGCAGCAGCAGUGGCGUGGAUGUCACAGUGGCCAGCACAAGCUACGUGGACAUGGAUGAAGCGUCGGACAUAUUGGGAAACGAAGCUAGGAAUGCUAUUGGAAGCGGAGGAAGAGAACUGCAAGAGUUGUGCGAUGUCUCUGGCAAUGUUUCCAGCGGACGGGAUGCCUCACACGGGUACCCCAACGAACACACAGGCGACAGAGCCCACAUGUAUAAAGCACGCGAUCAAUCAUCUGUGAAGGAGCCGAAGUUUGUAGAACGCUGUCGUAACCGUACUGCCGAAAACCACAAAUGCGAAAGCUGUGGUAAACUGUACCACCGGGCUCAUCAUCUAGUUCGACAUUACCGCACGCACACAAACGAGAAACCGUACAAAUGCGAAAUAUGUGACAAAUCGUUUCGGCGUUCUGACCACCUAAGUAUCCAUAAACGCAACCAUAUAGACGAGAAACCCUACAAAUGCAAAAUAUGCGGUAAAUCAGUCUCGAAUGCAUGGACUCUCCGUGCACACCAGCUCACUCACUCGGAAGAGAGACCCCAUGUCUGCCAUAGCUGUACUACAACAUUCAAAACCAAAGGAAAUCUCAAUCGUCAUCUCAAGUUGAAUUGUAGAUACGGAGCUUUCGUUUGCGAUAUAGGUAAUCUAUUCUGUAUGGACAACUUAGGUCUCAGUCAUCACCGCCAAACCAUGCACGGGGAUAACACACUGUAUGAGUGUAUGCGUUGUGGAUUUAGUUUCGCAGAGAAAGAAACCCUUGGUGAACAUCUGUGUCAGAGUUAUAAGUGCUACUUAUGUGGAAAUUCAUUUGGAGACGUAAUUCAACUGAUCACACACGUCAUUACGCAUAGCGGUGAGCAGCCGUAAUACUCCGACUAGUAUGCAGGUUAGGUCAAUCACCCGCGGCUUUCGUAUAAUAACGCUACAGUGAAACCUUGCAGAGAAACGAUGCUGACAUUCUUUCACAGGCGUGAGCAACUAACUAAACACAUCGUGUGCAGAGACCGGCUCCUUUUGACGCUUGAUACGCGGCAGUAAAAUGCUGCUUUUUAGAAAUUACGAGACAAGACGUCGCCAGAAUUUUGUCCUUGUUCAAUCUCGAAGUACAGUGAAGGUCCUAGUCAGUGCUCACUGUUUGAAAAACUGUUUUUUCGCGAACGUAGCUUAACUAAUUUCAAGACAAACCUUGAUGGGCUACGAGUGCCUGCUUUGCGUAACUACAAGUUUCAAAUAUCCGCACAUAAUUCUUGACACCUCGUUUAUAUAGAAAAGUGCUUUGUGGAACCGUUUUUUGGAGUGUGAUAAAAAACUACUUUUAAUUAACCAUUCUAUUGGUGGCUCUAUUCUUUGAAUAGAAGAAAACACCUAUCAUUAGGAACCAUUUAAGAAGUAGGGACUGUUUUUUUUUUUGUUAACUCAAAAGCAAUCUCUGCUAUUAUUUUAGGUUCUUCAGCCAGGUUGCCUAAUAAUUUUAGGGGCUUUUACGAAGACAUAAAGGCACAUUGUAUGCAUAGGAAAAUUUAUUUCCUGUAAAUUUUUUUCAAUGCAUUUAAUAUUUUGGUUAUUUUUGGCUCUUGUAUGCUUACCGAAAAUAUUUGUUCACUACCGUAAACUAAGCUGAUGACAGUGGUGAGACUUUUAAAUUGAAAUGCUCUGCAGCUUCCCUAUAUGGUAUGCUCUCCAUGUAUCAAAUUUUUACUUCUUCUUUUAUCCUAGUAAAACCUCUGUCAGUUUAAAGGGGCAGUUUUUAUUCACUCGGAUGUCGCAACUUUUUACUCGGCCUGCUCUCCAAUUAAUGCUAUAAACUCUUAGUCUGAUGUGACAAACGCAUCCAUGCGAGCAAUGACAUGUCAAGUAAGAUACAGGUAUGCGUAUUGUCUUUACUUUGAACCCGUUUCAACCGCUAACGAAUCUUAAGUUAACGUUCAGUGAAUGACGCGCCUUCAUGCAUAAGAACAUUCUCGAACUUUCUCGUCGAUUAUUUUUGAUGACCUUUUGUAAUGAAAUUGUACGCGUGACGCGAAUAGAGAUGUGCAUGCUUAAAGGCGUGCGAGCACCAGCGAUGACGGUGCAAUAUUCGACGAAUCACGCGCGAAUAGCCGACGCUGAUUAGGCACAAACCACGUUUUGGACAAUCGGUAUAUGUGCCCGGCACUAUCCUUCUGCCCGAUUAUAAGCUUUUCUGUUAGUUCCCUUACGCAAAACAAACAGUAUUUCGUGACUCAAAGUUCUUGCUACUGUGUUGUUCGCCGUUAAAACAACUUGAUAUCUCGUAGAAGUGCUUCGUUGUGACCGUAUACAUGCUGCAAGCCAUGAAUGCA